AUGAAAACUAUACAAGCAGAAGAUAAAUUAGAUAUCCUCAUUAACUAUUUAUCUCCUUCCGUGUUCGACUAUAUUGCUGACAUUGAAUCAUUUGAUGGCGCUAUAGAAAUCCUGGAAAACUUAUUUGUAAAACCUAAAAAUGAAUUAUUUUCCAGACAUCAGUUAGCUUCACGUAAACAAUCAUUCGGAGAAUCUAUUGAUGAGUUUUUGCAGGCCCUACGUACACUCAGUAAAGAUUGCAACUUUAAACAGGUUUUUGCUUCAGAACAUUGUGAAGAAUACAUUCAUGAUUCAUUUAUAAGUGGUUUAAGCUCUCAUCAUAUUUGCCAACGACUACUAGAAAACUCUACUCUUAAACUUACUGAGGCUUAUAAUCAAGCUCGUUCAUUGGAAAACGCUCAAAGAAAUAAUGAAGUGUAUUCACAUACAGAGUAUAGAAAUGUUGCUACAAUUAAUAAACAUUCUGAAUGUAUUACUGAGUUUGCUUCAGUUUCUACUAAGCCUAGUGGACUUUGUUAUUUCUGUGGAAGUAAACGUCACCCUCGACAAUCAUGUCCUGCCAGAGAUGCAGAAUGUAACAAUUGUGGUAAGAAAGGGCAUUUCAAGAAAGUAUGCAAACCAUCAAAGAACCUUGUCACAUCUGCUGCUGCUAACUUCCAUGCACCAAGUUUAGCCUCGAUUUCUUGCUCUUCUAUCAACUCACUUAACUCUAUUGUUUCUAUCUUUAUUGCUAGGGCCAAGGUAAGAGCUCUUCUUGACACUGGAAGCUCUGACACAUUUAUAAGCAAAUCAUUAUGUGACUCUUUAAAACUUAAUAUACUCCCUUUUAAUAAAAGAGUCUCUAUGGCUGAUCCUUCCUUAUCUUGUCAGGUUAUAGGUAAAGUUUCAACUAACUUCACUUUAUUUGGUAUGAAGUACUCUAAUAUUAACUUUUUGGUUAUACCCAAAUCUUGUGAACAAAUCAUACUUGGUAGAGAUUUCCUACAGUUGCACCAAAGUCUUUAUAUCAAUUAUGGUGGUAAAAAAGAUUCUUUAAAAAUCUGUUCUCUAAACAGUAUUACAAUGAAAGCUCGCACUCUUUUCCCUUUUCUAUCUCCAGAAUGUAGACCGAUUGCUUCACCUUCUAGACAAUAUAACUCAGAGGACAAAGCAUUCAUUGAGCAAGAAACUAAAAAACUUUUGGAACUAGAUAUAAUUAAACCAAGUAACUCUCCUUGGCGAUCACAAAUAGUUGUUACAAGGAAUGAGGGACAUAAGAAAUGCAUGAUCAUUGAUUACUCACAAACAAUAAAUCGCUUUACACUUAUGAUGCUUAUCCUUUAUCUAACAUCAAUGAAUUAG